CUCUCUUUCUCUUGCACAACCACCACCCUUCGAAUCUCAGGUGAAGAGCGCAAGGGCAACCAUGGUUCGCAAAGUGGCCUACGUGCUGCUCGCCUUGGUCGCCGCCAUUCUGGUCGCUGCGACUGAUCCGGGCAACGGAAGCCGCAGCAACACGCGCAGUGACGUUAACACGACUCUGCGGCUGGCACUGUCAGACUCGCCAGAGUCGCCAGGACCGCGCGAGUUGCCAGAAAUGCCACAAGUGCCGAACCCGCCGGGACCGCCAGAACUGCCGAGCCAGCCAGUACCUAGCGUGCAGCCAGUACCUAGCGGGCAGCCAGCUCCAAGCGUGCACCCGAGACCGUCAGCAUCAGGCGUGCAUCCGGCACUGCCAGAAGCAAGGGUGCACCCGACACCGCAAGAAACAGGCGUGCACCCGACACCGCCAGGACCGAGCGUGCACCCGACACCGCCAGGACCAAGCGUGCACCCGAGACCGCAAGAAGCAAGCAUGCCCCCGAGCCAUCUCACACCCGAACUUGUGAGCUGGUUGCGCCAGGAUAUUAAAGAGCAUGCCGCGAGGGCCGCCAAGCGCCGGUACAUGGAUUUGUCGGCAUUUUUUCCGCUCCCGCCAAUGCCUGUCCGCUUCCAAGAUCUGCCCAAGCCCAACGGCCCGCCUGGCGAUGUGUGGCGGGAGCUGGCGCAGCAGCAUGCACCGUCACAAUUUCACACGCAUCCACCACCGCCACAGUCGGCUUCUUCAGCCAGACACCCAACCCCACCUCCCUCGACGGUCUACCGCUCUUGGCUCGAUGCCAUGACUGGGGCAGAGCGCCAGAAGCCACCAGCGAUGAGCUUCGGUGCUGGAACCAGCCAACCGCCGCAUCCUUAUGCUGCGCGAGGACACCGUCAGUUGUUCACAAUGAGCCAGUCUGCUGGGCCUAGCCAUCCCCUUCGUCCUCAGAUCGCAGCAGGACACGGCCAGCCGAACGCGCAGAUCCCCGUUGCCCGACCCAAACGUGCCCAGUUUGAGGCCGCAGCCGCGGCAGCAGCAGCAGAAAUUCGCAAGGCUCGAGCGAUGAGGAAUGCUGCAGGGCCCAGCCAGCCUGACCCUCGGGCCGCAGCAGGUGUCGGCCAGCCGCCUGC